ACCUACGCGCGCGUCGGCAUCGUCCCGAACGCGCGCGCGCCGUCCGGGCCCGCCCGUUUCCUUUCCUGUGCGGCCGAGUGCGCCGGCGCGGCGGCCGGUGGCUCGGCGCUUCCCGCGCCCGCAUCAGGAGAGCGAGGGCGACCCAACCAGCGAGCGCCACCCACGCGUCCCGCGCCUUCUUUUAUACCCGCCCCCGCCUCCUCCGCUCCACCCUCCCGCCCGACACCACCAUUGCCGUAGCCUCCGCCCGAAACAGCCGCGGCCGACGCGCGCCCGCUGGCCUGACCCCGACCCCCCGCGCAUGCGGCGGGACGCCGUCGCCGCCGCGCCCGCGGCGGCCGGCGCCUCGCCGCCGGUCGCCGCCGCCGUGCUCCCGACGGGCGCGGUGGUCAUCGACGUCGAGGGGGCGCCGGUGGCGGCGGCGGCGCCCCCUGGGGUGGGGUGCCGGAUCUGCCAACUCGGACCCGAGGAUGGCGGCGGGUCGGCGGCGCCAGGGUCCGAGGUGAUCCGGCUCGGCUGUUGCUGCAAGGACGAGCUCGGCGCCGCGCACCGGCAAUGCGCCGAGGCGUGGUUCAGGAUCAAGGGCGAUAGGCGCUGCGAAAUAUGUGGUUCAGAUGCCAAAAACAUUACCGGGUUGGAAGUGAAAAAAUUCAUGGAGCAAUGGCAUGGCCGAAGAAGGGCAAACAUCCAAACAACAGAGGAGAGGGAAAGCCAUUGUUGGAGACAGCAGCCCUUCUGUAAUUUUCUGUUAGCAAGCUUACUGAUUAUUUUCAUGCUACCCUGGUUUCUCCGUGUAAAUUUGUUCUGAUUUUUGCGGGCACUAUUGGGUCAUGUGGAUUCACAGCUUGUCAACCUGGCUACCAUCCAAAGGAUGGAUCGUGUAGAUAUUUGUAGGCAGAACCACAGCACAGCUCCUGAAAUAUAUAUAUUUCAAAAUUUUCCAUA